CACCCAUCCACGACUUUGUUUAUCCCCAACAGCCCCUCGGCAUUUCUUCUUUAUUCCCGUCCUCGCCGUCGCCUUUCGCUUGGAUUCUCUUCUCCUCAAUCUCAUAUCCUUCUCUUCUCUCUAUACUUGAUCAGAUCUUAGGAACCCCACGCAUCUGCGUAAUCACCCAUGACGCUUGGCUCAGGAGGAUCGAGUGUCGUCGUCCCUCGGAACUUCAGAUUGCUGGAGGAACUUGAACGUGGAGAGAAAGGUAUUGGAGAUGGCACUGUCAGCUAUGGAAUGGAUGACGGAGAUGACAUCUAUAUGCGCUCCUGGACUGGCACAAUAAUUGGCCCCCACAACACUGUACAUGAAGGCAGAAUUUAUCAAUUGAAGCUCUUUUGUGAUAAAGAUUACCCAGAGAAGCCGCCAAGUGCUCGAUUUCAUUCACGGAUCAACAUGACUUGUGUCAACCAUGAAACUGGAGUGGUGGAAUCCAAAAAGUUUGGGCUGCUUGCGAAUUGGCAGCGGGAGUAUACCAUGGAGGAUAUUUUGACGCAGCUGAAGAAAGAGAUGGCAGCCCCGCAUAACAGGAAACUUGUCCAACCUCCAGAGGGUAUCUAUUUCUAGCUCAGAAGAUCCUAUAUAUAUAUAUGAUGGAUUAUAUUGCUUUUGCAAUAUUUUAUAUGUAGUUUGUAUUUUGUAAUCCUAUGUCGAUCUUCUGAAGUCCUGAACUUGUAGGGGAGUGCCCUAAAAGGCAUUUCCCCUUUACCUUCAUGGCUCCAUUUCUUUAUCUUUUUUUUUAUAUCAAAUUGUGCUGAAAGGAUGGUGUUUGAUUAAUGGGAUUUAUAUAUGUCAAAAUCUCAUAAAAAAUUGCCCACUGAC